AGGUUGGUCAAAAACGAUUGAAAAAAGAAAUGCAAAAUCCUUGAAACAGAUAAUAAUUAAAAUAGCAUUCCAGAAAAUUCCUUUUUUUUGUCACUUUAAUUACCAACCUCAUACUUUCAACUUUGGUUUUUACGUUUUCCAACAAGUUUGAUCAGUUUCUCAAUUUUGUUGUCUAAAAAACAUCACCAUCUUGGCUUUUUUUUCCCAGCAACCCUUUUAUCAUUAUUACACAAAUGAUGGGGUUAGUUUUUUUCUAGCAUUUUCUUGAUUAUUUAUUAAGGUUAUUAUUAUCAAGAAGGUGGUGAUUUGAUCUGAUCAAGAAUGGGUUCCAGCUGAAUUUUUAUUGGGUUUAUCCUAAGAAAACCUAAUAGAAAUUCAGUGUUUCUCUUGUUGAAAAAGGUGCAACAAUAUUGUUAGGUCUUUCUUGUAUUGAAGGAUUUGCAACUCAUAAAAGGUAAAUGGAUCAAUUCAGGCAGAUUGGUGAAGUAGUUGGGAGCUUGAAAGCUCUAAUGGUGCUGAAAAAUGAUAUUCAAAUCAAUCAAAGGCAAUGUUGUUUUCUACAUGAUAUGUUUGUUCAAGCUUUUGAUGUCAUUUCUGAAGAAAUCAAACAUAAUUUAAGGUUAAAUGAGAGGAAUACAAAGUGGAAAGCUCUUGAGCAACCAAUGAAAGAGCUUCAUAGGAUCUUCAAAGAAGGCGAAUUGUAUAUAAAGUACUGUUUGGAUGUGAAAGAUUUGUGGGGAAAAGCUAUAAGUCUCCAUAUGAACAGAGAAUGUGUUGAGUUUCACAUUCAUAACUUGCUUUGUUGUUUCCCUGUUGUUAUUGAAGCCAUUGAGACUGCUGCAGAAAUAUCAGGAUUCGACGAGGAAGAAAUGAUGAACAGGAGAGGCGCGCUUAUGAAGAAAUACGAUAGGGAAUUGAUCGAUCCUAGGUUUUUCCAGUGGAUGUUUGGGAAGCAGUACUUAGUCACUCGCGAAAUAUGCAGCCGGUUGCAGAGUUCUUGGAAAGAGGAUAAAUGGUUGCUUAUCGAAACGAUAAGGCAAAAGAAAACAGAAACUUUGUUGAAGUAUGAACAAAGGCUUGGAGACUUAUUGCUAUGGAAAUUAGAUGGUGUUGAACCAAUUAACAAAAUACUAUUACCUAGUUCAAUCUUAGUCGGAUCAAACGAUUACAAUGUGAAGAGGCGUUUAGGGUCGUGGGGAGGACAUGUUAAGGAGAUACAAUGGUUAGGAGAAAAUUUUGCUCUAAGGAACUUUUUCGGAGAGGUUGAACCGUUGCAUGACGAGAUUUCUCUCGUAUUUUCGCUAUCUCACCCCAACAUUUUACAAUAUCAUUGUGGUUUUUAUGAUGAAGAAAGGAAAGAAGGGUACCUUGUUAUGGAGCUGAUGAACGAUACUCUUGCGAUGUACAUAAAAGAGCAUUCAGGUCAGAGGAAGAGACCGCCUUUUUCAACGUCUGCUGCGGUUGAUAUUAUGCUUCAGAUUGCAAAAGGGAUGGAGUACCUGCACUCGAGAAAGAUCUAUCACGGAGAAUUGAACCCGUCUCAUGUCCUCCUUAAAGCAAGGACAGAGAGCUAUUUUCACGCGAAACUCAAAGGCUUUGGCUUAACUUCCAUCAAAAGUACUUACAAAACAGCCAACCAAAAUCCAGCUGAUUCCAUCAUAUGGUAUGCCCCGGAAGUACUCGCUGAACAAGAAAAGCCGGGAAGCAAAUGUGCCUACAAGUACACAGAGAAAGCCGAUGUCUAUAGCUUCGGGAUGAUUUGCUUUCAAAUUUUAACAGGGAAAGUUCCGUUUGAUGAAGGACAUUUGCAAGGGGAGAAAGUUGUGCGAAAUAUCAGAGCGGGAGAAAGGCCACUUUUCCCGUAUCCUUCGCCUAAAUACCUCGUGAACUUAACGAGAAGAUGCUGGCACACGAACCCAAAUCUUCGCCCACGUUUCUCAUCGCUAUGCAGGAUUUUACGUUAUAUUAAGAAGGUCCUCGUCAUAAAUCCGGAACAUGGCCAGCCUGAAACUGCCCCUCCACUUGUGGACUAUUGCGAUAUUGAGGCUGGCUACUUGAAGAAAUUUGGUGAAGAGGAGAGCACGAGUUUGACCCCGGUAUCACAGAUUCCUUUUCAGAUGUUUGCUUACCGGCUCAUUGAGAAAGAGAAGAUUUAUGGAAAGAACUGGGACCCAUCAAAUUACGCUUUUUCUUCGGUCCAUAGGCGAGCGUCCAUGCAGAGUGACGACGGGCAACUGGCUGCGAUGGACGAUCUCUAUUUCUUGUACCAAGCGAUGGAAGGUCUGUUUGCUCGGAGAUAAUUGAC